AUGCAUUCCUAUUCUGUCCUUCACUGUGUCCGUCGAAGCGUUGCCAAGCGGUUUUUCACAAGUCGACAAUGCAAGCCGACACUAGAGUUGGAUCAACUCUAUAAGCUCGCUACUAUAAUAAAUGGCACAUCAAGUACACUUGAAAAGGCAGAGCGACUACUCGAAUACCCGGCAUGCCACGACAUUCUGCGACGGAUCUAUGAUCCACACCUGCGACAUUACAUUUCUUCACGCACUGUACUUGCUCACAUCAAACAGCAACAACAACUACAAACAGCAACAGCUACGACAUCAGAAUCGACGACGACAUUGCCAAGUUUAGAGGAACUCUUGGACGCGCUUUCUUCACGUCGUCUUUCUGGCAAAGCAGCUUUGAACGCUGCGGCGACGUUCUACUCUACAUAUUGCAAAACCGACGAACAACGUCAGAUCUUUUGUCGUAUACUGGAUCGUAAUUUGAAAAUGGGCAUGUCGGUCACAACGAUUCAACGGCUACUGCAGAAACAAAACAACGAUAUGCAAAGCGGCAGCGAUAGCGGCGACCUACAAUUUAAAAGCGUUGCUCUGGCGAGCACAGCAGCAAAUUGGAAACCGACGCCGGAUGAAAGUAACAGUGAAUGGUACGCGUCGCGCAAGUUGGAUGGUGUACGGUGUAUUGCCUAUGUACGCGAUCCAGACUGCAUCACGUUUUAUUCGCGUACUGGGCGCGUUUUCCAUGCGCUCCAAAAAGUACGAGACGCGAUUCGGAGUCGUUUAUUGGAAGACAGUGAUCAUAAUAAUGAUAAGCAACAACAACGACAGCCAUCACCAUUUGUUCUAGACGGUGAGAUUUGCGUAUUCAAUCAAGACAGCAGCAUGGAGGAUUUUUUGAAAACUUUACGGCAGAUACGAACACUACAACAACCUAUGGAAAACCCUGUCUAUGAGGUGUUUGAUAUGGUGGGCGUGCAAGGGUUCCGCGAGGGCAAGGAUCUGACACGAUUCAAGGAACGGCAGGAGCGAUUAGCGCAGUUUAUCCAAUCACCACAACCGCAUCUUCGUAUGGUGGAGCAGAUCAAGGUCGACAGUCCAAAGCAGCUGGCCGCUUUGAAAUCCAAGGCUGUAAAGAAUGGAUGGGAAGGUCUUAUCCUGCGAAAGAACGUUGGUUAUGAAGGAAAACGAAGUCGCAACAUGCUCAAGAUCAAAGAAUGGGAAGACAACGAAUAUACUGUAAAAAGCAUCGAGACGGGACGCAUGCGACUGGCUACUACGGGUCAAGAUACCGAGGUCAUGACCAGCGUCGUGAUUGAGCACAAAGGCAAUUUCGUUAGCGUUGGGUCAGGCUUUACACUACAGCAACGCAUCCGAUAUUUUAGACAUCCCGAACUCAUCAUUGGAAAGCCCAUCACUGUACGUUAUUUUUCCGAAUCGAUGGGCGAAAGCGGACAAACAUCCCUCCGGUUUCCAACCGUCAAGGCCGUUUAUGAAGAAGGCAAGCGUACAGUGUAA